GUCCGUCCUCCCUGGACUGACCUAUCCCCUUCCUAACUCCCUACCUACACUCACCUUUCCUGGCUCCAUCCCCGCCUCUUCGACCUGUUUGUUUCCUCUCCACCUAUCCUCUCCUCUAUCCCUCUUCUAUCCGCCUCCCACUCUCUCCCUAUUUAUUUCAAAACCCCCUUCCCCUCCCCCUUUUCUGAUGAAGGGUCUAGGCCCGAAACGUCAGCCUCUCUGCUCCUAUGAUGCUGCUUGGCCUGCUGUGUUCAUCCAGCCCUGCACCUUGAUUUGAACCUAAGUUUGUUUUACACCUGGAAGUGUUUAAAUUCAAGCUCUCCCUAGCUCUGUUCCUGUUUACACAUGCUACCUCCUCGAUUUUACUCUAUCUUUAAGGAUAAUUACAGCUAUCUGGCUUUUAAGUUGGGACUUCCGGGUUUGUUGCAACGGUUCCAAAUCAAAGUGAAAGCGUUCGAUGGGAGACGGCACUGGCCUAGUUUAAUCACGAAGAUGUUAUGGCUCACACAGGCGAACAGCCAGUGAGUGCGCUUAGGUCUCUGCGCUCAGACGAAGCCACUUUUGUUAAAUUUGUCAAUCGGACCAUGCGGACUGCAAGGCCUUGGUGGAUUAAUUUUGACGGAGUUCCUCAGAACUAUGAUGAUAUUCCGCCUGGAGGAGCCCUGCAUAUGCGCACGUACCGGAAUACUGGAGACAAAUUGCUGAUAAAGAAUGAUGAGAUAUAUUUUCCAACAUCCAAACAAUAUGAUGAAGAUGGUCCGACUUACAUUCCUGUUGAUGUCACAGUUCCAGUAUAUUCAUUGAAGAACUGCUGCUUGCAAUGUAUUCGUAAACACGUGAAAUCGGACGAUUACACAAAGUUGGAACUACCAAAUUCGCUGCAUACUGAUCUCAAAAAUUCUCCACAUCUGCUAAGAGCAAUUGAAAACCUAAGCAAGCUCUACAGAAACAAUUAAUAAUUUGAACUUAGUAGUUCAUGAUUUUUAUUUGUAACAUUUCGUUUUGCCAACUGUAUCUUGUUUUAGCAUUUCAAGUAAAUCUAUGUUUAUUCUAAGCAAUACUCCUUCAUUAAUGUAAGCUUGCUGUGCUUCAUGCUACAACAAGGACUACACUUUAAAAACUACUUCAAUGGCUGUAAAAGUCUUUGAAAUGUUGGCUGAUCAUGAGGGGCAUUUUAUAAAUGUAUAUCUUCCCUUUAUUAACCACCUGAAAUUGAGUAACAUCCUGUCACUAGAGCUUUAAAAUUUCAGACUGUUUGUUAAAUAAAUUAAUAUUUAAAGAGA